AUGAGCACUAUUGUAUUGAUGGUAGGGGGCUGUGGCAACUACCUGGGUAGUGAGCUAUUUACAUCUCUCUAUGGCGAACUACAACGCGCGGCCAGCCUGGACGACAACCGAACGGUUCAUUCGUUGACCAAUCGUUUCUUCAGCAGCCCUUCUCCCAUUACGCGCGGAGUUAGUCUGAAACCGCGUUGCCUCCUAAUCGAUAUGGAGGCAAAGACCGUCCAGAACUGUCUCCUGCGGCAAAUGUCGCCACCACAUCACAGGCAAGUGGGCACCAGUAACUUCAGCGUAAGCGAAGCAAAUGCGGGGUGGUGCUGGGAUCCAAAAUUCGCUUUUUGGCAGCAGGGAGGUUGCGGCAAUAAUUGGGCGCUUGGCCACCAUGUGCAGGGCCCCAACCACAGGGAUACCCUGGAGCGCCUGCUUCUGAGCCUUGCAGAAGAGGCAGACGCUGUCAGCUCCAUUUUGGUACUUCAUUCUUUGGCAGGUGGCACUGGCUCUGGAGUUGGGUCUUUUUUGACUGAAUUGUGCUCGGAUUUACUGCCGGAGAGAACCAUCGCCAGCUGCUGCGUUUGGCCAUUCGACUCAGAAGUCUCUACGCAGGCCUUCAACACUGUCCUCUCUUUGGCAUCUCUUCAGAGCUCUAGGUGCUUGGCUGUGGUUGCACAUUAUAUCAGUCCCACGAUGAAUCACAUCUCUGCGGCGUAUGUUGAGCUCAGUGAUGGCAUAUUUAUUUUUGACAAUGCCCGUUACGCAAAGAUCUUACAGCGGGAGCGAGGUUCCAGGGCUACACCUACAGGAGCUGGCAUGACUGAGAUCAACUGCUGCAUCGCCCGUGACCUACUUGGCUGUUGCCUGCUUCCCAGCUCUCCUUGGAUGCCGAUGCCACCCCGUCGAGUAUACCCAACCCGCCCUACUGCGCGAUCACGCUGGGCGCGUGCACCUUGCCAGGACAGCAACCCAAGUGCCUUAAGGCCGCUGUGGGAUGAGGCAGCAGGUUCUGCUGCUACUUGCACCCUGCGCGGCCUUGUGAGUGACGUAGUCACUCACCGAGCCUUCAAGCUGCUCACAUGCCGGUACCUUCCACAGGGGCUUGCUCCCCUUGAAAACAGCCAACGGCUUUCGCCAUACACUUACCCUUCUUUGCUUCGCCGGCUAGAGCGGAUGUUUGCUAGGGCGGAUACACUUGACCUGCAUUCACCUCCCAGCCCAGCAAUGCCCUCCAGUCAUAGACAGAGGCAAUACGCAGAAGUACAGCAGCGGGAAAAAAACAGCCCUAAACUGGCAGAGACAUCGCAGGGCAUGCAGCCAAAUGCUGCAGUGGCCGCACAGCUGUGCAUGCGAGGGCCGGCUGUCAGGGCCUUACAGAGUGAUCCAAUGGCCAAUUGCAGCAUUGGAUUGUGGCGAUAUGCUGCCAAUCCCCCGCAGAGCCUUGCAGCUUGGCUCUCACUACGAAUUGCCGCACGCCACUGCCUGCUCUGCGACGGUGAGACAACAGACGUUCAACACACAACAUCAGUCCCGCAGAUGUUUGAGGGUCUGCUUGCACCUGGCAGCUAUGGUAUGCAUUCGCCUUUUUGCCGCUGCUGCUGCAGCACGGUGCAGCUUGGCCUCGACAUGCUGCAAGCUGGAGCCUUUGUGCAUCAUUACGAGCAAUUCGGCGUGGAAUCUCACGACCUCUGGGGUGCUCUUGAACAGCUGCAGGAAACUGCAGAUGCUUACGGCACCCUCCUCCCAGCCUAA